AUGAGGUUAGCAUCAACUGGUGACUUCCACGCGACAUUUGCACUAUUUGUGAGGGGUUUCGCUCUCUACUUUGACCGUGAGGUCCUAAUGACAGAAGUGUUUGACCCGGAGGAAACCCCUUCCCACAUCGCAUCAGGCCCUCUGCGGCUUGAGGUCAAAGCCAUGUAUUCUGGUAAUGAGGCUAUGGAGAUCUUUAACAAACCUCCGUUGAUACCCCAUUUAACCGGAUUCGACUACUUAUUCAGCACCGCAUUUGCUCGAGCAAAGCCCAAACAUGACUGGUGUGCGGUCCUGCACCGCGGUUUUUUGCGCUCAGCUUUCCCCAUCCUCUAUUUGGACUACUGGAAACGUCACCUGUCUCCCAGACUCGCUGCCUACCUUAUUUUCCACUUCUUCAUUCAGUUGCUUCAAGUCUCCUGCUUUCUGGUUGUCAAUCCGCUGAAGACUCAUGUGACUGAAGCCGAUGUUAUGGUGCCUCUGAUAAUGGGCCUCUGCUUGGGCAUCUUGCAUUCCCAAAUUACCUCCGCUCAUGGCUCCCAUGGUUCCAUAUCUGCUACGGGACUGUCUGCAGCAACAGUCGGUGCUACCGAUGUUAUCCUGGCAAAU